AUGGACCGAAGUUGGAUGAGAAAAGCAAAACGGGACACUGCAUAUGAAGAUGGUUUUGAACAAUUUUUGGCUUUUGCUUACCGCGACAUUCCACAAGAUAGUGAGAUACUUUGUCCAUGCAAAAGAUGCAGAAAUAGAUUAAACCUGAGUCUAGAUGAAGUUAGGACGCAUUUGAGAUGUGAUGGUAUUCUUCAAGGUUAUACUACCUGGGUUCAUCAUGGUGAGAAUUAUGAAAGACCAAUAGAUCCAUUUGUUGAUGUACCAAAUAUUACUGGAAUUUUGGGUACUUCAGGUCCGGUACAAGAUGAUCAGCAUGGUGAAUCAGAUAGCAUGCAAGAAUUGUUACAGGCUGCACUUGGGAUGGCUGCAACUAUGUCAGAAGGGGGAGUAGAUGAUUUUCAGUCAGGAUAUGCAGAUACGGAACAUAAUGUGUUCGAGGAUUAUGUGAAUGCAGCAGAAGGUGAUGCAUCUGGGAAGGACCAGAAUAUAUAUGCGAGGUUUUUGAAGGAUGCACACACAAGGUUAUACCCUGGAUGUAAAUAUUCUAGGCUGUCAUUUUUGGUCCACUUAUAUCACAUGAAGUGCUUACAUGGCUGGUCACAAGAAUCAUUUACAGCUCUAAUGGGCCUACUAUCUGCUUCCCUACCUCCUGAAGCAAAUCUUCCUAAGACAUAUUAUCAAGUGAAGAAAAUCAUCAGUGAGCUAGGUCUUGAUUAUGUGAAAAUCCAUGCUUGCCCCAAGGAUUGCAUACUUUUUCGAGGUGAUUUUGCAAAAAAUGAUUUUUGUCAUGUGUGCCAGAGCUCUCGUUGGAAAGUUGAUGAGAAGGCCUCUAAAGGUAAGCGGAAGGAGAAAAGAAGACCGGCAAAAGUGUUGCGUUAUUUUCCACUAAUACCUAGGAUCCAAAGGUUAUUUUCAACCACCAUAACUUCAGAUGACAUGAGAUGGCAUGAAGAGGGUCGUGUAAGGGAUGGAAAACUACGACAUCCUGCAGAUGGUGAAGCUUGGAAAGACUUUGAUGAUAGACAUGAUUUUGCUAAUGAUGCUCGAAAUGUACGUCUUGGUCUUGCAAGUGAUGGAUUUAACCCUUUUGGGAACAAGAAUCUGAAGCACAGUACAUGGCCAGUAAUGCUCGUUCCCUACAACCUACCACCUUGGAUCUGCAUGAAGCAAACAUCUUUAAUGUUGUCAAUGAUCAUCCCUGGACCAAAUUCUCCAGGUAAUGAUGUUGAUGUAUAUUUGGAGCCUUUGAUCGAUGAGCUCUUAGAGUUGUGGAAGGGAGUGGAAACAUUUGAUGCCUCGUCAGAAAAGAAAUUUCCUCUCCAAGCUGCACUAUUGUGGACUAUAAAUGACUUUCCUGCAUUAGCUUACCUAUAUGGAUGGAGCACAGGUGGUACAUAUGCAUGUCCUUCUUGUGGUCCAGCGACAAAAUCGUUUCACCUGAAGAAAGGUAAUAAGAUGUGCUAUAUGGGCCAUCGUCGAUGGCUGCCACAACAUCACCAAUACCGAAGGCAAAGGAAAUUGUUUGAUGGCACGGUUGAGACUGGACUUGCACCAGAAACAAUGAGUGGCACUACUGUAUUGGGAAUGUUGGAAGGCAAAGAGUUUGUGUUAGGAAAAAAGGUACCCACAACGAAGCAGUCCAACAAGGAUGUGGAAGUUGAGAGUGUUAAGAAACGCAAGCGUAGUAGUGGAGAAAAAAAGAACCAAACAAAAGGGAGCAGUGGUAAGGAGAAGAAGCCAGAGGAUUGGUUGAAAAAGAGGUCAAUUUUCUUUAAGCUACCAUACUGGGAACACAACAAACUAAGACACAAUCUUGAUGUAAUGCAUUUAGAGAAAAAUGUGUGUGAGAACUUUAUCGGUACAUUACUGGAUAUUCUUGGUAAAACAAAGGAUGGCCUUAAUGCACGUCUUGAUUUAGUUCAACUUGGAGUUCGAGAGAAUCUUCAUCCUAUUGUAGAUAGUGAAGGAAAGAAAUCAAUUCCUGAUGCACCGUUUACCAUGACUAGAGCACAAAAGGAGAUUCUUUGCUCAGUAAUACAAAAUCUCCGAACCCCUGAUGGCUAUGCAUCAAAUAUUUCUAGGUGUGUGAAUAUGAAAGAUUGUACAUUGAAUGGACUAAAGAGUCAUGAUGAUCAUGUGUUACUACAAGAUAUUCUUCCAGUGGCGUUUCGAUCAUGUUACCCCAGCAAAGAGGUUAUGAAAAUAGUUGUUCAAUUAGCAAAUUUCUUCAAGAUGUUGUGCUCCAAGGUGGUAGAUUUGUCUGAGCUAGAUAAGCUUCAGGAGAGUAUUGUGAUGACACUCUGUGAUAUGGAGAGAAUUUUUGUGCCAUCAUUCUUUACUGUGAGUGUGCAUCUGAUGGUGCACUUGGUAGAAGAAGUUAAAUUGGGUGGCCCUGUUCAGUAUCGGUGGAUGUACCCCAUGGAGAGAUAUUUUGUUCGGUUGAAGGCACUUGUGAAAAAUAGAGCUCACCCAGAAGGAUCAAUCGCGGAAGGAUAUUGCAUGGAGGAGUGCCUAACCUUUUGUUCUAGAUUUUUAGAAGGAACAACACGUUUUACAAGGGCAUCCAGAAAUCCUGAACCAUCUGAUGAGAAAAAAGAGAUGUACUUGUUUGAUACUGCCGGUGAACCAAUUGGGAAGCGUACUGGGAUCAAUCUUGAUAAAAUGCUUCUUGUCCAAGCUCAUCGAUAUGUCUUGCGACAUUGUGAUGAACUUGAAGAUUUCCGCAGAGAAUUCUUGGAUGACGAGAAAAGGAAAUUGGUUCCCUCAAUUAAUUUGACACCUUCUGCCAUUGAGAAGUUGAUAGAUGAUCACUUUCCUGACUGGUUGGAGCAAAAGGUUAUUCUAGGAGAUGGAACAGGAGUCACAGCAAAAGUCAGAGCUUUGGCUGCAAAACCAAGUAGAUGUGGUGUGCAAUUCAGUGGUUAUAUUAUUAAUGGAUUGAGGUUCCACAGUUUGAGCCGUGAGGCUGCACGCUUGACACAAAACAGCGGUGUAGUGAACAUUGCAGAAGACGGGGUCAACUAUUAUGGCAGAUUAUUAGAUAUACUUGAGUUGUCAUAUGCAGACUACAAGGUAGUGCUUUUCAAAUGUGAAUGGUAUGAUGUUCAUCAUCAAGCUGGUCUACGGCAAGAUGAGUUUGGAUUCACCCUUGUGAAUUUUUCUCGAAAAAUACACACCGAGGAAAAAUUAGAGCAUGAUCCUUUUGUAUUUUCUUCACAAGUGCAGCAAGUGUUUUAUGUGCAAGACCCAAAAGCUGAAGCAUGGCACACAGUGGUGAAGUUUAGCCCACGAGAUACUUUUGACAUGGGUGCUGAACCGUCACCAGAUGAAGCAGAUUAA